UGGUAUAAUUUGUAAAUCUAGUUUUAUAUUAUCCAAACCUAUCGAAAUAAUAAGAAUUAGUCAAAUGUUAACUUUCAGUUAGAAAUUGUGUUAGUAAUAUUGACUUGGCAAUAUGAUACUGACUUGGAAGAGACACAUGAAGGUCAACAUUCCAAAAUUUUGGUAUUUUAACUAAGAAAAUAGUUACAAAAUUAUUAACGAUAAUGUAAAAAUGACUAAUAUUUUGAUGCACUAUGAAAGAUUUGACUAAUUAAUAGCAUUUUAAGAAGUUUAAAUAAUAUAAAAGAAUCUAAAAAGAAAAUUAAAUAAAAAAUAGACAUUACCCAAAAUUAAAAAAAUAAAGUGUGUCACAUUCUCUUUAAAAAAAUUGAAAGCACCAAAAUUUCUAUUCUUUCUUUUCCCCAAAAAGCAAGUCAGACGGGUUUCGGACCAUUGUCUUUUAAUGAACUUAUAUUAUGAAUCAGGUUGAUCGGACGAAUUACUCUAAUCGAAUUCUGUUUGACACCUCUCUACCCACAGCAGAGGCGGAUGGAGACAAAACCUCAUGUCAAUGGGAAUUCGAUUUUCGACCAAAACCAAACAUUUCUUCCCGUCGGCACGGCCGCAGGAAGGCUGGAUAUAUCGAGUGCUAAUUUCGGGGACUGCAUUAUCAAGCAGACAGUGAUAUAGGCCGUUUCACCUUUCCGAUCACCUGGAAGUACCGACGAAACUGUUCUUCCCCAAAAUGGGCAGCAAUGGCCAACAUUCGCCUAGCCUUUUCAAUCACUUCUGCCACCCACACUAAUACUAAUAAUUCAUGUAUGAUAACUUCACAAGGAUGGGCAUAAGACCAUUUCCCUGCACGCACAUAAGCACACUCCACCAUGCUACUUACAGAAGCACAAUUUGCCUGCAGGCUUCAGCAAGUCAGCGACAAAAAUCAAUGCCAUAAUCUAACAGUUUACGAUACAAAUAACUUGUCCAAUUGUACAAUGACAGACGACCUAAAAAAAUUGUCUGCUAACUUGUCAUGCAAGCUUGGAGUUGUUGUAAUGGUUUAUCUAGCAAGUAGCAUAAGAAAAGGAGACAUCUUUAUUGACAGAAUCCAUGCUCGAGACCGUACUGAAACAGCCCAAGUUCCCCCACAAGAACAUCAUCCCACCUUCUGAUUUCUGACUCCAUCAGAUUGUUGUGCGGAACAGAUGGCCAUUUAAGUACCUGUGGAACAGACAAAUUAUAGAGAGGUCAGUGGGCGUUCCACGAAUCAGAUUGUAGGAGCAGUGAUGGAUGUGAUUGAUGACAUUGUUUACAAAGAGCGUCGACACAGGAAACAGGGUUUUCUAGGCAAAUACAAAUUACUUUACUGUGAAACAUGCAACUAAAAGCUCGUAUAUCAUGCUCAGUGGAUAAACAGGAACACUGAACACCGAGCAAGACAAUGUCAAUUGUGUCAACUUCGUCCAAAGUACGCUUUUUAGUUUAGAUUAAGAUUCCAUGGUUUCUAGAACACUUGAGGAAUGUUGACAGGAGGAAUAAAAUCACUGCCAUUCCUAGAGUGCAUCAGAAAGAUCUGCAAACUAGGAAAUCUAUCCGACAAUCUGACUAAUGCUUGUUCUAUAAAUAAAAGGCGAAGCAGCUCAAGAGAGCAUCAUAAAACAUGUGAAAAUAAGGCUGGGAUCUGCAGAGGAAAAGUAGUAGAGAAGCAAGUAGAGGCUGAUUUAGUGAAAGGAAGCCUAGGAAUGUUUGAAGAUGAUAGAUUGUAGAUGUCUCUCAUUUGCAAAAUGCUUCAGGGUGUUCAUAAGGUCAUCUUCUAACUCAAGCAAGUUGAGAAUUCAUUUUUCUAUUUCCUUUCUGAGAACAAAAGAUAUCAACAAUAAAUGAGAACCUACAGUUAUUGCAUGAAUCCUGUGCCUUUGGUUGAUUGAAAGUUCACACGUGCAUCACCCGUCUUUUCCAUUCCUCCCUAUCAAUCCCAAUCCCAAUAUUCAUAUGAACCGAAUGCACCAAAAACUUACAUCAAACCUAGAUCAUAGACACAAUAAGAAGCUCAUAUAAAAGCAUAUGUCCUGCUAUCAAAUACGAGAGGCACAAACCAAAAAAAAAUGAAGACAUGCAGCUUUUUAUGUCAUCAUGCGCCCUAAAAAAUGGUAAAACUCACAAAGAAAAUACUAGCGAUCCUGACAAGAACGGCAGACGGUACCAUGAGACAGCUCGCAGAAAGCCCGCAAAUUAGCAUUGAGAUGAGAAGCAAGGUGGGUCUUGGCAACCAUGCUGUACAGUGGCAGGAAAGACUGGACACAUCCCAACUCUCCCAAGUUCCUGCAAGACAACAAUUUCAAAGUGGUCGGCAUAAAAGAAACAGAGACUAACGUACUGAGAAACCUGAAACCCCAACAAAAAAAAGUGAAAGCAUUCAGCGGUUAUGCAUGUCUCACUACCUAGCUUUUAGUAGUUUAAGAGUUUGUUAAAAAUUAACAGCUUGCUUUGACACAGCCUAUCAUCACCUUGUUUUACAUGCUCUUAAUUGUUCCAUAAACAAGAUUUAGAUCAACCAUCGGCCAAAUGCAAUCGAGCUCCAUUGAAAGAGCACCUUCCUUUGCUCUUUCGAAAUGCCAAACAACUACCCUAAAUCUGAAUUGAUAAACCCGUACUAAGCUAGCUUCCUGGUUCUUCCACUGAAAUGAUCAAGUGACUAUACUAAAUUGGAUCCAAAUAACCCCCCGGUUCUUCAACAGAAAGGACUCCAUAUUAUACAAAUCAAAUAGACAUAGACGGGACGGCCGGAAUUUCAAUUCAACACUAUCAAGCAGAUCUAUAUUGACGAGUGUGAGCAGGAUACCUGGAUGGAGAGAAGGAGACCCGGCGCGACUGAACGCGGGGAGCGGAGGCGGUCGACGGGCGAAGGCGGGGAAGCGGAGCUGAAGAGGAACGCACAGAUGGCGCCCUGGCGGCAGACAUCAAGGAGCGCGAGAAGGAAGAAGUUCCGCUGCGCCAAGCCAUAGAUGGUUUGUGUUGCGGACAGCUAUCGACAGAGCACUGGAGGAGGCGAUGGCUGCGAAGAGUCAGUAACAGUGGCCGAAAUAGGGGUUUUUGGAUUUAGGGUUUAAGAUGGCUAAUGCCCAACGUUGGAAAGAAAAUAUAGUAAGAUGGUCUUGACGUCUUCAUUGCUGACUCCUUUCUUUUAUAUAUUUUUAAAGGUAAAUACAAUAUAUUAGCCACAACUAUUAUGAAGUGGUGAAUUGUAUUUAUAGCCACAAUGAUGGAAAUUCAAAUUAUUAGCCAAAUGUUAACUAUCUGUUAACAAUUUCGUUAGUAAUACUCACUAAACUUUUAUGUUUUAAAGUUAUAAAUUAAAAGUAUUUCGACGUGGCCUUCUCUGUCAAAAUUUCAAUAACGGUAACGGACAUUUAGCCAUAUCUUGACCCGCAACAAUAGUUAUGGCUAAUAAUUUGAAUUUUCAUAGUUAUGGCUAUAAUUCCCCACUUCAUAAUAGUUGUGGCUAAUAUAUUGUAUUUACCCUUUUUUUUAUUUACAAAAAUAGGGUGAGUAUUGUGGGGUUUUAGUGUAUCUAUUGAGUCUCUUGGUAAUCCAUGUUCGUCUUUAGUGUAUCCAUGAAAAGCACAAGAUAACAUCAAAAUUCGUAAAAUAGUACAAAAACACACUCAAAGCCUAUUUUAAACUCAUAAAUAAAAUAUUUACAAUAUU